AAGGUUCAUUAAUGCGUGUGAGGCCUGUAUGUGAACUUCAAUAUCGACAUUUGGCCUGACUUAUCAUACUUGCAGUGAACGAAGGAAAAUGAACUUGUUAACUAUGAUUGGACUAAAAUGUUCAGUAUCAUGAUAGACGAACAAUUUAUAGGAGAUCGUCCAUUAACUAGAACAAACUGUUCUAUAUGAAGUGGACUGCGCAACAAUGAAGUUUGACAACAUCACGGUAGUGCUGGGAGAGUUCGGAAAGUAUCAGAGGAUCCUGUACGUGUGCGUGUGCAUCCCGAUCAUCUUUACAGCUAUUCAGGAAUUCGCCUCCGUCUUCACUCUCGCCUUGCCGAAGCAUAGAUGCACUGUCCCUUCAUUGGAAAAUGAUACAUACGAAGUUCAAGGCAUUUGGCAUGAGAUUUUGAUCAACAAAUCCAUUCCUCGGAGCACUGAUGAUUCACUUGACUACGACGCAUGCGCAUUGUAUAUGUCCCAUGAAAACACGUCCUUCAACGAACAAGGCGUUCCUUUGAACUCUUCGACAGCGGAAUGUGACUCAUGGGUAUACGACCAGGCAACUUUCAAGAGCACAUUCUUCACAAAGAUCAACCUGGUUUGCAGCGAGGAAUUGGCACGCGCGAAUGCUAACACUGCGAUGUUUGUCGGGCACUUAAUUGGGGCCAUCAGCAUUGGUCUAGUGGCCGAUAUGUUUGGUCGAAAGAAGGCCUUGGUGGUCUCAAUAGUUGUGUUCAUCGUGGCGGCGUUCGGGUCGGCGUUCGCUCGCACAUAUGAAGUGUUCGUAUGCUUUCGGUUCCUGCAGGGUGUCGGUACCCUGAGCAUGUACACGACACUGUUUGUUAUCGGUCUGGAGCUGGUCGGUCCCUCGUAUCGAGUAGCUGCGGGUAUGCUCAUCAACUUCUUCUGGAGUGUCGGUCUCUACGUGCUCUGUCUCACGGCAUUCCUUGUGCGAUCGUACUUCCCACUGCAACUCGCCCUAGCAUGUCCGACAGUGAUACUCGUUCUACAUAUAUGGCUGGUACCAGAGUCUCCUCGAUGGUUGAUGUCUAAAGGACGUUACCAGGAAGCCAAUCAAAUUCUACAAAAGUGUGCCAAGGUCAAUGGCGUCACCUUACCCGAUUAUCUCAUAGACUACGACAUCGAUGACGUCACUAAAACCUCACAAAGCGUGCUGAAGAUGUUCACGGUCCCUCGAUUACUUUUAAGGACGCUGAUUAUUUACUUCAACUGGAUUGUCGUCAAUAUGGUAUAUUACGGUCUCACCCUCAACGUUGGCGAUCUUAGCGGGGACAUCUACGUGAACUUCGCCAUCAACAGCACUAUGGAGUUAGGCGCCUACAUCAUGUGUCUCCUGCUACUCAACAGGGUUGGAUGCAGGUGGCUGCACGCCAGCACAAUGAUUCUCGGAGGGGCCUCAUGUCUGUCCACGAUAUUUUCUACCCUCUAUGCUCCGCCUGAACACGCGUGGAUCACUGUGGUUCUUGCAAAUGUAGGCAAGUUUGGCAUCUCGGCUUCAUUCGCGAUCAUCUACUUCUGGUCGGCGGAACUGUUCCCGACUCUGGUGCGCAACUCUGGCAUGGGUUCGAGCUCCAUGGUCGGCAUCGUGGGGACCAUCCUGUCCCCAUAUACAAUGGAGCUGGGCAAAGUUAUUCCUGGAAAUUUCGGGAAGGCUCUUCCGCUUAUCAUAUUUGGAGGUCUCUCCUUAGCUGCCGGUCUUCUUAGUUUGCUUCUUCCGGAAACGAAAGGAGCUGUCCUUCCGGAAUCAGUGAGGGACGCGGAGAAAUUCGGAAGACCAAGCAAGAAAGCGCCGACUUCAAUUCAAAAAGCUAUAGCUAAGAUGAAGUUCGAUGAUUUGAUUAUACAUCUUGGAGAUUUCGGAAAGUACCAGAAGAUCCUGUAUUUUAUUGUAUGCAUUCCGACUAUUUUUACCGCCAUGCAGAACUUGUCGUCUGUUUUCACGCUGGCAAUUCCGAGACACAGAUGUGCAAUACAUAGUCUCGAAAACGACACGUACACGGUUCAAGGUCCCUGGCACGAUGCUCUGAUCAACCAAUCAAUUCCCAGUGAAACAGACGAUGGUGGUUUAUUGGUCUACAGCGAGUGCCAAAUGUAUUCAGCCAAUGAAAACACUUCUCACAACUUGAUAUAUGGGGCAACAAACGUAAGCAAGUUUGACUGCGAUUCGUGGGUGUACGACGCAACAACUUUUGAAUCAACGUUCAUAACGAAGGCUGACCUAGUUUGCGGCCAGGAGAUUGCGCGGGCCAACGCGAACAUGAUCCUGAUGAGCGGUGUGCUAUUCGGGGCUAUAGCAAUGGGGAUAUUCUCUGACAUAUUCGGUCGCAAGAGGGCAGUGAUGGUGUCAGUGUUCUUGCAUGUGGCGGCAGCGUUCGGCUCGGCGUUUGCGCCAAACUACGGCGUCUUCGUGGCGCUGCGCUUCCUGCAAGGUUUCUCCAACAUGGGCAUAUUCAUGCCCCUUUUCGUCAUCGGCGUAGAGCUCGUAGGUCCUUCGUAUCGCGUGGCGGCCGGAAUCAUAAUCGAGAUGUUCUGGUGCGCCGGCCUCUACAUCCUCUGCCUCGUGGCAUACCUCGUGCGCACGUGGAACACAUUACAGCUAGUGCUCGCCUGUCCCACCGUGCUGCUAUUCCUUUAUUUCUGGUUAAUUCCCGAGUCCCCGAGAUGGCUUCUAUCUCAAGGUCGCACGGAGGAAGCCUUAAAGGUCAUCAAGAAGUGUGCAAAGGUAAACGGCGUUACCUUGCCGCAGAAGGUCAUGGAAGGGUUGGGAGAGAGGGAGGUCACGGUGGAGAAACAAAGCGUCCUAAAAAUGCUCACGGUGCCUAGGCUGCUUAUCCGAACGUUGAUCAUAUUUUUAAACUGGAUGGUCGUGAGCAUGGUCUAUUACGGUCUAAGUCUCAACGUUGGCAAUCUGAACGGCGACAUCUACGUUAAUUUCGCCAUCAACAGCACUAUGGAGUUAGGCGCCUACGUCAUGUGCCUUCUGCUUCUCAACAGGGUGGGCCGGAAGUCGCUUCACGCCAGCACUAUGAUCCUCGGAGGGGUAGCAUGUCUGUCAACAAUAUUCACGGUGCUGUACGCAGAACAAUCGCUGUACUGGGUCACAGUUGUUCUGUCGAACGUGGGCAAGUUCGGCAUCUCGGCUGCGUUCGCGAUCAUCUACGUCUGGUCGGCGGAACUGUUCCCGACCCAGGUGCGCAGCUCGGGCAUAGGCUCUAGCUCCAUGAUGGCCCGCGUUGGCGGUAUGGUGUGCCCCUACAUAGCGGACCUGGGAACAUACGUGGAGGGCGAUUUUGGAAAGGCUCUUCCCCUGAUCAUAUUCGGCGGAUGCUCUGUACUUGCUGGUGUUUUGUCACUCUGUCUACCGGAAACGCGGGGCGCCAUUUUACCAGAAACAAUCGCCGAUGCGGAGAACUUUGGGCGAUUCGGCCGCAAGUGGGCAGUGAUGGUGUCAGUGUACUUGCAUGUGGCGGCAGCGUUCGGCUCGGCGUUUGCGCCAAACUACGGCGUCUUCGUGGCGCUGCGCUUCCUGCAAGGCUUCUCCAACAUGGGAAUAUUCAUGCCCCUCUUCGUCAUCGGCGUAGAGCUGGUCGGUCCUUCGUAUCGCGUGGCGGCCGGAAUCAUAAUCGAACUGUUCUGGUGCGCCGGCCUCUACAUCCUCUGCCUCGUGGCAUACCUCGUGCGCACGUGGAACACAUUACAGCUUGUGCUCGCCUGUCCCACCGUGCUGCUAUUCCUUUAUUUCUGGUUAAUUCCCGAGUCCCCGAGAUGGCUUCUAUCUCAAGGUCGCACGGAGGAAGCCUUAAAGGUCAUCAAGAAGUGUGCAAAGGUAAACGGCGUUACCUUGCCGCAGAAGGUCAUGGAAGGGUUGGGUGAGAGGGAGGUCACGGUGGAGAAACAAAGCGUCCUAAAAGUGCUCACGGUUCCUAAGCUGCUUAUCCGAACGUUGAUCAUAUUUUUAAACUGGAUGGUCGUGAGCAUGGUCUAUUACGGUCUAAGUCUCAACGUUGGCAACCUGAACGGCGACAUCUACGUUAACUUCGCCAUCAACAGCACUAUGGAGUUAGGCGCCUACGUCAUGUGUCUUCUGCUUCUCAACAGGGUGGGCCGGAAGUCGCUUCACGCCAGCACUAUGAUCCUCGGAGGGGUAGCAUGUCUGUCAACAAUAUUCACGGUGCUGUACGCAGAACAAUCGCUGUACUGGGUCACAGUGGUCUUGGCGAACGUGGGCAAGUUUGGUAUAUCGGCUGCGUUCGCGAUUAUCUACGUCUGGUCGGCGGAACUGUUCCCUACCCUGGUGCGCAGCUCGGGCAUGGGCUCUAGCUCCAUGAUGGCCCGCGUUGGCGGUAUGGUGUGCCCCUACAUAGCGGACCUGGGAAAAUACGUGGACGGUGAUUUUGGAAAGGCUCUUCCCCUGAUCAUAUUCGGUGGAUGCUCUGUACUUGCUGGUGUUUUGUCACUCUGUCUGCCGGAAACGCGGGGCGCCAUUUUACCGGAAACAAUCGCCGAUGCGGAGAACUUUGGGCGACGCGAGGAGUCCGCAAAGACGUCACAUUCCUCCAGAGAGUUCUUCGUCAACGAAAGUUUCAGCGCCGAAGCAGCAGACUAAGUGUGGACGUUUGACUCGCCCAAACGUGGACG